AUGGGGAAGAUUUGUAGUACCUAUACUGAGGCAGAGGGUGUCAGAAGGAGCUCUCGCUGCGCCCCCCGGCGGGGGCGGGCAGAACUGCCCCGCGCCUGCGCGCCCCCGCCCGCACAGCCCUGCGCGCCCCCCUCCGCACGCCCUGACGCGCCCCCGCCCGCACAGCCCCGCCCGCCGCCCGCCAAGAAUGCCACGUCUGCGGUGCGCACUGUGCGGCCCGGCGGUCCUGCUGCCCUGGUCCGCCCGCCUGAGGGCGAGCGCCUGGCGCGGCGGAGCGCGGUGAGGCGGCGGGACGGGAGCGCAGGGAGGCCGGGGAGCGCCGGCGCCGCGCCGGCUCCGUGCGCUGGUUGCUCGCGGGGCGCUGAGGAUGGUCAGGGGCUGAGGCGGGGCGCGGUUGCACGCUGGGCUUGUAGUCCGGCGGGACCGCGGUGCAGGGCGGGAAUUGUGGUCUUGCCCGGCCCAACGGGGGGCGCGGCCGCUCCUCACAGAUCCCAGCGGGACGAGCCCGGCGGCCGCAUCCACAGGUGUGUGCAUGUUGGAACAGGCAGGCUCAGGGCUUCCAAAGCAGCCACAGAAGUAAUCUUAAAUGUUCCUGAAACUAGGGUGAGUCCAUUGGAAAAUGGCUUGCAAGUAGCUUCUGAAGACUCUGGACUCUCAACGUGCACAGUUGGACUUUGGAUUGAUGCUGGAAGCAGGUAUGAAAAUGAGAAGAACAAUGGGACUGCUCACUUUCUUGAGCAUAUGGCUUUCAAGGGAACAAAAAAGAGGUCUCAGUUAGACCUUGAGCUAGAGAUUGAGAACAUGGGAGCUCAUCUGAAUGCAUAUACAUCCAGGGAACAAACUGUGUAUUAUGCCAAGGCUUUUUCAAAAGACUUACCAAGAGCUGUGGAAAUCCUUGCUGACAUAAUUCAGAACAGCACCCUGGGAGAAGCAGAGAUUGAGCGCGAGCGAGGAGUUAUCCUUCGGGAGAUGCAAGAAGUUGAAACCAAUUUGCAGGAAGUUGUCUUUGAUUACCUUCAUGCCACAGCCUACCAGAAAACAGCCCUGGGACGGACAAUUUUAGGACCCACUGAAAACAUCAAAUCCAUAAAUCGUAAUGACUUGGUGGAGUACAUAACAACACAUUACAAAGGACCCAGAAUGGUCCUGGCUGCUGCUGGAGGGGUCUGUCAUGAUGAACUGCUUGACCUAGCAAAGUGCCAUUUUGGUAACUUGCCAUCUGCUCCAGAAGGAGGACUGCCACCCCUGCCACCUUGUAGCUUCACAGGUAGUGAGAUUCGAAUCCGGGAUGACAAGAUGCCCCUGGCCCACCUGGCCAUAGCUGUGGAAGCAGCUGGCUGGUCAGAUCCAGAUACAAUCCCACUCAUGGUAGCCAAUACUCUGAUAGGUAACUGGGAUCGUUCCUUCGGAGGAGGCGUGCAGAAUUUAUCCAGUAAGCUUGCUCAGAUUGCCUGCCAUGGUAACCUGUGUCACAGUUUCCAGUCCUUCAACACCUGCUAUACUGACACAGGGCUGUGGGGACUCUAUAUGGUCUGUGAGCCAUCUACUAUUCAGGACAUGGUGCACUUUGUUCAGAGAGAAUGGAUAAGACUUUGCACAAGUGUUACAGAAAAUGAAGUAGCUCGAGCGAAAAAUCUUCUAAAGACAAAUAUGCUGCUACAACUUGAUGGGUCUACACCAAUCUGUGAAGACAUUGGAAGACAAAUGCUGUGUUAUAAGCGCCGAAUCCCAAUUCCAGAACUUGAGGCGAGAAUUGAUGCUAUUGAUGCCCAGACCAUUAGAGAGAUCUGCACAAAGUACAUCUGUGAUAAGCAUCCUGCCGUUGCUGCUGUCGGUCCAAUUGAACAACUCCCAGAGUAUAGCAAAAUCUGCAGUGGCAUGUAUUGGCGCCGUGAGUAGUGAAUAACAAGAACUUUCAGUAUAUUUGAGCUUUUUGGAAAAAAAAAAAAAGAAAGAGAAAACCAAUAAAAAACCCUAAAACAAAACAAAAACCCUUCCACCAAGCAACUACACCCGUUUAAAGCUUUUGAGUUGUGUUUGAGAAGAUUAAAUCUCAAGAACCA